GUGGAAGUACCUAUAUAACUAAUGUUAGAAAUGUGUCGUUUUACUAAGCUCAAAAUAUUACUGGCUGUCUGGCCAAUUGUUUUUCAAUUGGCUUUGUCUCAAUUCGAUUGCCGACUGAAUUUUGAUGCCAGAGCCGAAAUUUUUGGCAUUCGCUGGAUCAGUGUUUCUGAGAAAGCGAAGAAAGCAUCUGCCAACGGCAUAUUUUGCGGUGUGAGAGAGCGUUCCGUCAUAAAUUACCAUAUCGGUAAGACACAAGAGUACAAUUACAAUGAAAAAAUCAACUGGGCAAAUGCAAGCUGUUCGAGCAGGAAUAUUCUCAUGUUUGACGGGGGGAGACCUGACAAGCAAAAAUUGGGCGAUCCUUGGACUGAGGAACAAUAUUUUGUCAGUAUUUUGUGUGCAUCACCGUCCCCAAUUAAGUUCACGUUUAUUGGACUUCAGCCCUUGACCAAAGUGAACACUUUACAAGAUUAUGACAUGGCCAUGCAAAGGUUCCGCUUAACUAUUACAAUCCCAUAUGUCGGGGAUAAAACGGGAAACUACACAUUUUCAAGUGGCAUUAAAUCAAACAACAAUAGCAUAUUUUCCGAAGAUUGGAUCUACAUUUACUUUAAAAAAACAUCACCACCUUACAUCAUUGGUCAAAGAACACGGAGAAGCGUGUACUGGGAAAAUCAUCCACAUCUUGGAAAAACCCAUAUAUUAGUCCCUUGUAGGCUGACGAAUCCUGAAAUUGCGUCGGAAAUGCAAUUGUUGGUACCCGAAAGCAAAUGGGGACCUUCAUUUAUAGAGAUUAAUGGCACCGGUAUCACUUACAAUCCAGCCGAAGGCUUCACAGUCGAUAGGAGCGUUGUAAAUCAAAAUCAAAGCCACAAGUUUAUGUGCAAACAAGGCUCACAUCGCGACCGGGAAGUCAUUUACGAUUCGCCCCUAACACCUCCGAAGAUUGUAAAUGACACCGGGAUAAUUAAAAAGUUUCAGCAGCUUUCUUUGGGUUGCGCGAUAUUGACUAACCGCACGUGGGAUUAUAUUUCCAACAUUUAUGCAACCACACAAAUGGAAGCGGACAUGUUGCAGGAUUGCUUGUACAGGCAUGUAAGGUGCGACUGGAACACGGAAUGGGAAGUUAGCGGGGAACGCGUCCUAGAAGAAACGAAACUCAACAGGCGGGUUGUAUCUUGUGCGUCAGACCCGGUCAAUUAUCCAUGCGCGCUUAUCGACAUUUUUCGAUCCGGAAUGGUUGCCUGCUUUCAAAAUGGUGCACUCAUCCAGAAAGAGCAAUAUUUUACAGGAAUGGACAACAAGCCAUAUUUAAUGAGCGAAUUGCACGCAUCCAAAGUUCCGAUGGAAGCACUUGCAACCCUAAGAUUUAACGUGGGUCAGAUCCCGGUUCGUGGAACGGACCCACAAGAAGAUCCUCGCGUGUUCUAUUCUGACGUGACCUACUCCUUCAUGUGCAGCGCAGUUCCAUUUCUAGUCAUUCCUGGCUACACAUGGAGCUCGAAAUUUCGAAAUGGGACCACGGUGGAAAAUCUUGGACCUAAUUCUCCUACUCAAGAAUGGGCCGGGGUCGAUAAAGCUAAAGGAAUCCGGCAUGAAAACGUAUGGCUCCAAUUUAGUUCCGAUGUUGAAUCUCUGACUUGUAAUUUCUAUACGUCCGAGUCGAAUGAAAAGUUCAAAGUCAAGUUGGACUUAACAGUAAAAGAUAAAACAGUUCCGAAAUUUAUUUUCACUCAAACCAACAUUACCUUUGCGAAGAGGAGUCCCGCUUUAGCUAUUCGGUGUUCCGUGUUCGGUAUCCCGUUACCCGAAGUGUCGUGGUUUCAUGAUAACGAGCUCCUUACAACGUCCAGUGAAAUUCGUAUCGUCGAUGGUGACGUUAUCCACUUAGAUUUACGGCUUUCAAACACAACUCACUCCUUAAACGGGACACAUCACGAGUUACAAGCCGGAGAGUACGUGUGCACCGCAAAAAAUUCGAGGGGAACAGUCUCCCAGGUUUAUCGUGUUUCACCAGAUGAGGACCUGCCAACUCCGCAAAGUAGCACUUAUUGGAUAAUUUCCGUUUCCGUAAUGGGAUCCUUAAUCCUUAUCACUAUUCUUACUUUAUACAAAGUGUACAAAAGUAAGUAUGUUCUACUUACAAAAGACGAUUUAGAAAAGUUCAAAAAUGGGGAGGGUCUCGUGCCCAUGGACGAAGGACAAAAAAGUGGCGAAGAUAUUCCUGAUAACUUUAAAAUGAUUGCGUAUAACACGGAAUAUGAGAUUUCCAGCAAAGAUUACGAAAUUGAUUACAACAAAAUUCUGGGCAGUGGACAAUUUGGCGUCGUUCUACGAGGAAAGCUUAGGGGGAAGGAUAUUGCAGUCAAAACUGUUCAGGGAAAUGUGGAUCGUGAAUCUCUGUUAUCAUUCAUGGACGAGAUUAAGGUCAUGAUUUACUUGGGAAGUCAUCCAAAUCUGAUUGAACUUGUCGGUUCGGAUACUAAGGGACUUGAGAAAGGACGCGUCUUUCUUCUCGUCGAAUUCUGCCCGAUGGGAAACCUGCUCAAGUUUCUUCGCGACAAGACCCAAAGAUUUCGCCGAACCCCGCUGAACACAAGGAACGUUAUAAACGCUAGACGAGAAAAUCCGAACGACUUUGACGAGAACAAGCUCUUGUCGUGGUGCUUUCAGAUCACACGUGGGAUGAAUUAUCUCACAGGAAAAAAAGUCGUGCAUGGCGACUUGGCUUGUCGAAACGUCCUCCUCGCUGACAUGAAUACCGUCAAAAUCACGGACUUUGGCCUAUCGCGUCAACUCCAUAACUAUGCGAUUUACAAAAAGACGAAAAAUCAAGCGCUCCCUUGGCGCUGGCUUUCUCCUGAAGCGUUAUCUGAAAUGCAAUUCUCCACAAAUUCUGACAUUUGGGCUUUUGGGGUCACUCUCUGGGAAGUCUUUUCCCUAGGAUCCGUACCAUAUUCCGGACUUGGAUGGAAUGUUGCGUUUGUGGACAAACUUUAUGAAGGGCUGAGACUACAACGACCAGCACUGGCUUCACCAGAAAUAUUUGGCUUGAUGGAGAAAUGUUGGGCGGAAGUGGCGGAAGACAGACCACAAUUUUCAUUUAUUGAGGACAAAAUCCGUGCUCUAUUACAACAAAAAGAAGUGGAGUCGAAUGUAAAGUUUUUGGGAUUCGUAUUUAAGUAAAAAUUGAAAUAAAUUGUAAAUUUUGUGUGCAUUUGUUUGUUUACAGAUUUACACAAGUAUAUAAGCGAGGGCUAGUGGCUCAUUCCAUCUGAACCCACACGAUCGUCGUCGCACCCAUAUUUGAUAUCUUGUCCACAAUCUUAUCAUAGAUGCAUAAUAUCAAAUAAAACAUAUCAUAACAAUCAAAAUUUAAAAAUUAAUUUUUUUCGCAAAGAUAUAGCAGUCAAAAGAAAAUUUGCAAAUGCAUUGAAAAUGCUUUCGUCGCCAAAGUGUUGGUUCAAAGGGGUAGGUUACAUUUGCAGAUUUUAUUCAUUGAUCAUUCAUUGAUAGGAAAAAUUUUA